CGCAAAACAAAAACAGAAAAUAGAAAGAAGCACAGAGAAAAGAAUAUUGGAAUAGCAAAUUAAGGAAAACAUUCUUCAUCAUCAUCCCUUCCAGUUUCCUAUCGUUUAGAAUCUCUGCGUGUCACUACACAUCAAAACAAAGAAAAGCCAAAAGUGGUGGAUGGCAAAAACCAACAAGUACGCCUCCAUCAACUUCAACCACAUCUACGAGAAAACCCCUUCCACCCAUCCCAACCACACCGCCAACAACAACAACAAACCCACCAAGAAUUCUUCUUCUUCCUCUUCGCCCUCUUAUUCUGCAAUCUCAUCACCCAAAACCCAUGGCCGCAUGUUGGUCCUGACCCGACCCACACCCACACCUACACCCAUACCCACCACCACCACCCCACCACCGAAGUCUCCCUCUCUGCAAACCCAACCACAGCGAUCCCAUCAAAUCCCAGGUCAGACCCCGUCUGAAUCCGGUUCGGACCACAUUUCUCUUCGUCCUUUGGGUCAUACCGGGACCAGCUCGCCGGUUUUAUCGCCGGUUCCUAGUUUGGAGAAGGAGAAGCAGGUGGUGAGUCCGGCUUUAUCGCCGAAACCUGGAAAGUUUGUGCCACCGCAUCUCAGGCCGGGGUUUGUGGGUAAAGAGGAGCGAUCUGUGCCGGAGGUGGGCCGGGGUAGGGACUCGGGCCGAAACAAUUUCGGGUCUCCGGUUCAGUACGUGGAGGAUGGGCGGCCCAAGUCGGGUGGUGGGUAUGACAGGAUCAGGAGGGAAGGUGAGUCGGAUCAGGGGAUGGUGAACCGGCCAAGGUCGAGUGGGAAUCUGCCGAGUUCGACCGGAUGGUACGGUCCUUUGCACAUUUCCCCUCUUUUUGUUUUUGUUCUCAAAAUUUGGUCAAUGAUUAUUGAUUAAUUAAUCUGUGUUCUUGUUGUCAUUUUUAGUUUUAUUUUGUUUUCUUUGCAAUAGAAUGAUUGUUAGUGCAGGAUGUUUUUCUA